AUCUGAUCUGUAUUCAACUAUAAGUGAUGCAGAACUUGACAGCACCAUUGAAGACAUACAAAGAUUGUAUCCAAACUCGGGGUACAGAAUAAUUCAUGGUCAUCUGCAUUCACGAGGUCUCCAUGUUCAAACUUUGAGAGUACGAGAAUCGGUAAGGAGAGUAGAUCCACAUGGAACACUGAUGCGAGCAAUGUCGAUGCGAACCAUAAGGCGACGUCAGUAUACUGUUCCUUGUCCCAAUGCUAUGUGGCAUAUUGACGGCAAUCAUAAACUCAUCAGAUGGAGAUUGGUGAUUCACGGCGGUAUUGAUGGUUUCAGCCGACUAGUAGUUUAUCUGUCUGCAUCCUCAAAUAACCGAGCAUGCACUGUUCUCAGGAACUUCAUGGCUGCUGUGAAUGAGUAUGGUUUACCAUCAAGGGUCCGGUCUGAUAAAGGUGGGGAGAAUAUUGCAGUUGCUGAGUACAUGGUGGCACACAGAGGAGAAAACAGGAAUUCUCACAUUACAGGGAGAAGCGUACACAAUCAGAGAAUUGAGAGGCUUUGGAGAGAUGUGUAUGAACAUGUUUUAAGCAUGUUUUAUCACAUCUUUUACAACAUGGAGACAGAGGGAAUACUCAAUCCAGAUUCAGAGACUGACAUUUUUGCUCUUCACUGGAGUUUUGCGCCUCAUUUGCAGAGGCAUCUCGCUUUCUUUAAAGAUGCCUGGAAUAACCACCGCAUCAGAACUGCUGGGAGCCAGUCACCCGUCCAGCUUUGGUUGAGAUACAGUGCCAACAAUACUGAUGACCCAAUUCAAGUAAGAUAUCAGAUUAUAUACCCUUAAAGGUGCAGUAAACCAGUGGUUCUUAACGUUAUUCCUGGAGGCCCACUGCCCUGCACAUUUUGUAUGUCUCCCUUAUUUAA